AUGGCCCUGCUGUUCUUAAAAAACAAGCUCUUCCCUUCGAGCCAAAACAAAGCUCUGCCUGCGGCCGAUCUCAAAAAGCGUUCUUCGCGAUCAUCGUCUCCAGAUCAGAGACGUCCCUUGUUGGCCGAUGUGCGUCUAGAUGAGGAGACCGGUCUCGAUGGCACUGUCGACAGCAGAAGCGACCUCGAAGCGCAGAUUUCUCCGUCAUACCAAACGUUUGGAUCUGACCUUGACGAAACGCCAAGUUCGAACGGUCCGCGCUCAAAGAUAAACCCGCGUAUCAUAUCCGAUGCCAUUCUCGGGCUGUCAGAUGGCUUGACCGUGCCUUUUGCUCUGAGCGCAGGUCUGUCGGCGCUGGGUGACACCAAGGUCGUCGUCCUGGGAGGACUGGCCGAAUUAACCGCCGGGGCCAUCUCGAUGGGCCUCGGUGGUGAGUCGUAUCAAGCCACUGAACGUGAAGUCGAAGCGAUUCUGGAUCACCCUGUCGAAACCAAUGCCAUUGUUAGAGAUACCUUCGCUGAAUACGGAAUCUCUGACAAUGCCAUCGCUGAGAUCAGCGCUUCCCUUCACGACAAUCCUGACCGCCUGCGCAAGUUUCUGAUAACCUUCCACCACAAGGAAUCUGAGCCGGACAGGGGCCAAGCCUACACGUCGGCGAUAACCCUCGCUCUCGGCUACUUCAUUGGAGGUUUCAUCCCUCUGAUUCCAUACUUUUGCGUCAGCCAAGUCUUGGUGGCAUUCUAUUAUAGCAUCGGAGUUAUGGCGGUCACUCUCCUCCUAUUCGGAUACGUCAAAACUUGCAUCGUCCGCGGAUGGAGCGGCAAGUCUAACAUCAUCGCCGGCAUCAAAGGCGGAAUCCAGAUGUGUGUCGUCGGCGGAGUAGCUGCUGGCGCAGCGAUCGCUCUUGUCAGAGCAAUUGACUCUGGUAAAAACUAG